ACUACUACUACUACUACUACUACUACUACUACUACUACUACUACUAGCUACGACUAAGAUAUUAUUGCUACCAUUACUUUCACCCUCAUUGUCGAUCAUCGAUUUGGUUCCCUACACCCAUCAGCAACAACAACAAAUACACACGCAUCACUAUUCUAUCAUGUCUACCGACAAAUCGUCCCUGCCCAACGAAUACCUUGAAGACGACCCGUUACUGCUGUGGUUGCAAGACAUCAUUGACGAACUAGAUGGCAUCAUGAAGACGAAGCAUGAUCGCGUCGCGGCAGUCAGCCUACAUAUAGUACGAGAUGACGUUCAGAACAUCUUGACGAGCUACAAUAAGCUCGCUAUGACCUUGACCCAAGAGUACGCCGAGUCUACAACAGUCGUUCUCAACGAGAUUGCCGAGGCCCAUGCGGUCGUCAUGAAGCUCCUUCGACUCGACCUUCGGAACCUUAUGCAGCAGAUCACCGUGAAACCCCCGGCCUGGGUGACUGCAAGCCAGGAGCGAUAUAGACAGAUGCAAAUGACCGGGAGCAAUACCAGCCUCAAUGCUUGCCAGUGCAUGCAUUACUGGGAUGUCGCUAUAAAGAGUCAAGAAAGAGGGCUCAACGACAUCCUCCGAGAUGCCUUCGGUCCCGAAAUGCCAUCGACCGACAGUGGAUCUUCCUUGCAUUAUCAACAUCAAGAGAAGCUUCUGGCCGAGGAUUUUGGGCGGGACUUUCUAGGAUCGGGAGCUGAGAUUCUUCGACACAAUGUCGAGGACAUGAUCAAGCAGGGCAAACGGAUGAAGGACGGGAAACGUUAUAAUACGACUGUGUAUGCCAACGUCAUCCCUAUCCUACAGUCGUCGGGAUCCGGAAAGACCCGUACUGUCGCUCAACUGGCCGAGAAGAACCUGGGCCUGCUCGUCUGCGUAAGACCGGAGCACGUGGACCAGACCCCAUCCUACCCGCCAAGAGAUGCUAAGGUGGCCAAGUGGCUUGUGCAAAGCGGCGACAUCUUCGAGAAUACUCGCUCGAUAGCUGUAUGGUUGAUAGCCAUGGCUGAAGAAUUGACACGCUUCUACGAGACUGAGUUGCGAAAGCACAAGUCGCAGUACGGUGCGGAGCACGAUCGGUCUUCCUUUAUCCUCCGGGUAGGACAACUCUUAUCCCCAGCUUACACCCGGCUAUCUCGUCUAUCGGACGAACGGGACGUCAACGAAGAACACAUUCGCGCAAUCCUGCUGGACUCGAUCGACGUCAAGGCUUCGAUGUUGAUGAAUCAAGAACGCUUCAGCCACCAAAGGUUUUCUGCAUCGAAUCCGAAACCUCAAGGUCCAAAGAGUCCGGUAUCUCAAAACAAUAUCGAAGCGUACCAUUGCGGACAAUACUUCGCAAAACCUAUCAAAGACGCCUUCCAGAAGCUAGCUGGAUGCGUUCAAACCGAAGGCGACGAGUCCUUCUUCCAUCUUGCGAUAGACGAAUGCAGCGAUAUGGGUGGCGGAUUACAUAUCCUGCGAAGACUGUGGAGUUUUAUCACUGCCAACAACUGCUUCGCCUUCCUAUUGGACACAACUACUCAGAUUUCGUUGACCUACGGUCACGAAGCGAUUAGCUCGUCAUUCCGAACCUGGAUCGGUAACGCCUUACUUCUUCCCCCAUUCAUCAACUUGCCGCUCAAUCUGGCACUUCAUGAGGUCAAGCACUAUCAGGAUGUGCUGAAGGGGAAGCACAAGGCAUCUCACGAUGAGCUGGAAGGGUGGCUUCGAAAGAUGGGACGCCCUCUGUUGAACGACAAUCGUCUCGUAAAGGAGAGCCGUCAAGGCAAACAACACUUCGACACGGAGAAGCUGAUAGAGAAGAUGAUUGGAAGGACUGGACCGGUCGAACUGUACAAAAGUACGGGCGAUCGAACGAGUCUGAGCCGGACGAUCGCUCUCCUCUCGAAUCGCGUGAAAUUGACCUUGGUGGGCCUGUCCGGAAACCCCCUCAAGUUGAAUAAGAAGGACGUCAGCCCCACGCUCGGAGGUCUCGCCGAAGAGCUUGUUGCAACAUACAUGGGCCGGCUCAAAACUGUAGGGCCGGGAGGGGAGUUGAUCUCCAUCGUUGCACCUUCGGAGCCAUGGUUAAGUCUGGCGGCAGCGCAUGUGUUUCGAGACGACCCAAAGCAACAUUGGUCAUCAGCUUUCGAUGCGAUCAAAAAGGUCCGAGCAGAUUACAGUGUGGAAAGCGGUGACGUCGGUGAGGAGAUCGCUUCCAUCAUUCUGCAUAUUGCAGCGGAUUUCUCUGUCGAUGUCGAUAGCAAGAACCCUCUUCAGCCUAUCAAUUUGCAGUGUUUCCUCGACGCACUCUACGGGGAUGGAGCCAAGGUUCCGGAAUUCCACGACUUAAGAACUUGGGCAAAAGGCUACUGGCUCAAUUUCACGCAUUUUCUGCAAAAUUCACAACGGUUCGAAGCGGAAAAAAAUCGGCUUUCAACUGCACAACUCGCAGAAGCUUGGACUCGACGAGCUGCUAUGAGAGGGGCAAAGUACCAGACCGGGUGGGAUCUGCUCCUAGUCAUCUACCGCAGCGACGAAAGGCCAACAGGGACCGAUAUGUUCGACCCCAGAAGACUAUCGCUAUUACCUAUACAAGUGAAAAAUCACGAGAUGGGGGACUCUUCCGGGUGGAAUGCGGAUUUUGCUGCAACAAGCACGGAAUCAGAGGACAUCGAGCUUCACCCUAUUCGAUGCACGAUUUGGUUCGACCUCCGAGCGACCUCCUCGACUUCAUCCCCGACCUCUGCGUUGGCCCCGGUCGAGAUCCAGCGCUGGAGUCCAACUUCCAAACGAAUGCAGAGAAAGCGUCCGCGUCAGACACGUUUACAUUCUUUGUUCCGGGGACUCGAGGGCAUCAAUGCAAUCAAGUGUCUUGAGAAGCAAGCGCGAAAGGACAUUUCUCUAUUGCUUGGACGUAUCCCAGUACCGGAAAUCAAGCCCUAUGUUCCUGGUAAUUCGGGUCCUUACAUAGCCGAGGGACUUGGCCUGUUUGAAUAUCAGCAUUAGUCAUCGUAACAACAGCUUGCCAAAUCGAUCUUUAAAUUUGUUCUAGUACUUCUGUCAUGAAGAAAAGAUGUAGAUGCCAUUGCAGUAUAUUCACGCAAGUAUGGUCAUUCAGAUCGACGACUGAGCCCAUGCUAAUCGAGAGAUAGCUACCAUCACGAAUCGAUCGCCGUCAUGGCAGCAACAGAUUCGUAACCUCUAGUAUCAAUAUCCCAGCUCAGCUCAUGCGACGCUCGUGAAACCUAGUGGCGCGCGUCACCGCUGUCGCUUCGCAGCACGAUCCGCUAUUCGAAUUGACAAUGGUGAUGAG